AUGUCUUACACAACAAAUAAGUUCGUGGCAGUCGUGGUCAACGCGUGGAUUCAAUUCCGCGCGUCCACGAUGAAGGGAGCCGUUAUUCUAGACUCAUUUUCUCAAACAUCAAUCGACAUCUUCCAACCCCGAGCAAUUCAAAAGUAUCUUCGGCUCGCUGCAAGGUUACCAGUCAAGCUGCCCAAUGUUGCACUAUAUUCAAUUGAUAAUCCCCUGGUAUGGCGCGACACACCAUCCAUCGAUUAA